AUGUCCACGGCUUAUCACCCUCCUUCGGUGGCCGAUGUCCCUGUCACCACCAUGGACGACUGCCACACCACAGAUCAAGGGUGGCUAGCCUCGGACCCGGUCGACGAGCUCAUGCGCGUCGUCGACGCCGUCCCGGCGCCGGCCCCCUCGUCGCCGUUUGCUCAGGCCACCAGCGAUAAGACCGUUGUGCCUAGAGAUUAUCCAGACCAUCACAUGCCGGCCGACAACACGUCAACGCCAGUUGGACUCCCGCGAUCGCGCCCCAGGAGCGCAACUGUCCGGAGGCACUCGUCAAUGCCCGCCCCCAACCCAGACUCGCAGACGCGACGUCGCAUCUUUGGCAUGGAGCCCACGCGAUCUGUCUCCGAUCAACUCAUCACUACCGCGGAUCAAGAAUCUUCCUCAGAUGAGACGGUGAUCCCUGCCGAGAAAGAACAGGACCAGGAAUCACCAGUCCGCCCAGCAUCACCUACAGAGUCUACCCUCACCAGCUUCACAGCUCUCACUGAGAGAACUCACGGCUCCGGCAGCUCCAGUGGCAGCGGCUCAACCAUCACUCAAGCAUCGUGGCCCAGGCGCAGAGGAAGUGAAAAGUCGCGAGCCCACGACAAGUCAUACCUCAAAACUCGUCGCCAAAGCCGCUCACCAAAGACCCAACAGCAGCUCUCCUCAUCAAACGUCUUGAGCUACCUCGAACCAGACUCACCCAACAUAACCCCUGAAGCCAUCCAGCGCUCCGUCGAGCAGUCGUCCUACUGGAGGAUGCCCGACCCCGCCGCCGCAAGCUACCAGUCGCCCUCGACGCGGAGCACAACCUCGACUGCCUCAAGCAGCUUCCAGAGCGAUGUCUUCUCCGAGAUGGGCGCCGGCGACCAAGAGACCGACAGGAGCAGCAGCCCAGAUCACAGCAUCUACGGAGACUCUCCCUCCAUGCCCGGCAAGUUCGAGGUCCCCAUGCCCCCCGGUCACGGACACGGCCAACGGCAGCGCGACUACCGCCACUACGGCACCCCCGAGAUGCCGCGCGGGACCGCAAAUCUGCCUCACCUUCCACCCAACGCUCUCCAGCCCCGUCUCCCCGGCACGCAUCACGGCCACCCAAAGCACCUACCCAGGGCAGAGAAGCUCCCGCUCACGGGGUACGAGCUGAUCGCUUCCAAGCUAUGCGCCGGCGACGACACGGAGAGGUCAAGCAUCAAGCCUAUCUACCGGCGCUUCGAGGCUCUCAACCACCGCCUGCUGCUUCACCUGCAGGACGAGCUUGCCGAGCUGGAGGAGCAGCUCCACCGCCUCGACACGGCCGACACGCAGACGCGGCGGAUGCAGAACUGCUUCCUGCCAGCAUCGAGGAGGCAGGACUCCCUCACCGCGGGCGAGCUACAGUGGCACAAGACGGAUAUUCUAGGCAAAGUUGGCUAUAAACUCAGUCAAUACAACCACGUCCUCUCAUCCUUCAAAGAGACACAGCACCUACCCAACCCAGACCCCCAAGACGUAGACUUCUACCGCGCCUACCUCGCAAACCACAAUCCCAUAGUCGAAAUCGAAACACGCUUCCUCGAUCCCGCAGACGACCUCGUCUCCCUCGCCCGCCCACCCUCUUCAUCAUCAUCCGCCUCAAGCUCCAGCUUCUCGAGCGACGACCUCCGCACCCCUCAACCGCGCAACGCAAAACUGCCCUCCCUUUCCUCCCUGCUGACUCCAGAAAGUCAAAGCGCAGAUAGGGCGGAGCGUAUCCGUCGCCUGCUCAUCUCAGCUCUGACGGGGUACCUGCCCACCCUCGCCAUCGCUUUUGCCGCAGCGUUCUUGCUGCCGAUUCUCGCGUUUGCAGUGAUUCCGGGGUUCGUGGGGCGUAUGGCUGUUGUGUUGCUUGUUGCUGUUGGCGUUGCUGCUGGUGUGGUGCAGGCGGGGUUGUUUAGUAGUCUUGGGGCGGAUCGUCCUGCGAAGGUAGCUGCUACGGAGGGGGUAUUGGCUUCUGGAGUUUAUGUUGGUGUUAUGGCUGUUGUUGCUGGGAUCUUGGGGUGA